AUGCCUAAAAGAAAAUCUCAACUGUCUAGACAUACAUCCCAGACACGAGCGGCUACAGUACGCAGACUUGGAGAGACUUCCUCUGAGCAUGAACAGCGCCUUGCGAAUGAGACAGAAUACAGAUCGCGAGCGCGUGCUAGAGAGUCUAGCACCGAAAGGUCUCAGCGACUGGCUUACUAUAGACAGUAUAUGUCAGAAACACGUGAUAGGGAGUCGAGCAUAGAACGUUCCCAGCGGCUUGCCAGCCAAAGAAAAAUUACCUCUGAAACUUGUGCUAGCGCUGAAAGAUCUCAGCGACUGGCUAAUCUUAGACAGAAUAUUUCAGAAAAACGUCAUAGGGAAUCCAGUAUCGAGCAUUCUCAGCGGCUUGCCAGCCAACGAGCAAUUACUUCCGAAAGUCGUGCUAGGGAGACCAGCGCCGAAAGAUCUCAGCGACUUGCUAACAAUAGACAAAAUAUGGCGGAAAUUUGUGCAAGGGAGUCUAGCACUGAACAUUGCCUAAACAUAGUAGAGACUCUAGAGUCUCUACUAUGUUUAGGCAGGUUUACCAUGUUGCCGAGCUAUUUAUUAUAG